AUGAAAAUUAUUGCACUAAUUAAUGGGAAUAUGCAUCUAUAUGUAAUACAUCCAGUGUUGGGGGAAGAGAAAAUAUUGCCUAUUGAAAACAAUGUAGGUCCCAAUGGCAUAGAAGACGACAAAUUGGAAGAUGACAUGUUGGAUGAAUUGAAUAAUGUUGUUGUAAUAGGAACUUUUGAUGACUUAGGGAACAUUGAAGAUUUUAAUAAUCUAGGUAACAAAUUCGAUGAAGAAGGGCCAACUGGUGUAGAAGAUUCAACUGCAGUUGACCAAGAAGGUUAA